AUGGCCUCCUUCCCUUGCUACUUCAAAAUCAUGGAACCCCGCGUUCCGAUGACCUGGAUUGACUAUAUCACCCAGCGACCCACUUCAAACAGCUCAUGCUUCGACUGGGCCGUGCGAUGCAUGACCACAACCUAUCUCGGCAGUCUUCACAACGACACCCGAUAUUUAGACGAAGGACGGAUGUAUUACUUCCGUUCCCUCCGAAACCUAUCAAGACUACUGAGUGACCCACAAAAGGCCGAAUCGGACGAGGCCCUCUCAACCGUCAUCAUCCUGGGUGUUUUCGAAAUGCACGCCUACACAUCUCUGGAGGGGUGGAAACAUCAUGCGCGGGGACUUCGCACAUUAAUGCAGCUCCGAGGCCCUCGCCUCCACGCAGACGGAUUUGGGUGCAAUCUAUACAUGGCCUGUCGGAAUACCCUUGUGACAGCCGCCCUAGUCUGCGGCGAAGCGUGCUUUCUAGAAGAACCAGGAUGGCAGAAACUGAACAAGGAUCUAGCUACCAGGAAUGCUAGGAACCCUAACUCGUCGGUCCUGGAAGACAUCGCGGAGCGUGCUUUCCGAGAAGUCGUUAAACUCCCGGGCUUCGUGAAGCGGAUUCGUGAGCUCGAUGGGUUGCCAGUGGAUGCGCAGGACCGCGAGAGAUCGGCGCUGUUUCGUAUAGUACUCGCCACGCGUGCGGCUAUGAAUGGUAUCUAUACUGAAUUCAAAAUAGCGGCGUCGAGCGUGCGAGCGGGCUAUGAAUCAUAUGACGAAUUUGUCGGGCCGGUCCCACGGGUUUUCUUUGAUAAGUUUGCUAAUUUGACUAUCCGGGGCGUACAGUCUAGUCUUUUGCUGCUUAAUUAUCUGGUUAUACUGUUGAAUCCAUCGCAGCAGUCUGCCGCAGAACUUGAAAUUCGUGAUAUAAUGGGGUCGACCCGAGUGGAAAACCGCCCGAUAUCCGAUGGCCGUGGUGGCAAAGAUUUUCCCUUGUCUUCCACUAUUACAUUACGGCCUCCGGAUGGACUGAGGCUGAAGAUUGAAUCAAAAUUUAUGCCGGAAACAUCGCAACCCCCCCACGAAAGACUGGAUGGAUGA